AACUCACGCUUUCUCAAAAGCGCACUCUCUCUCUCUCUCUCUCUCUCUAGAAUUUUAGCAUCUCCUCCAGAGAAUUUUCUAUUUCUCUCUUAGCCAUCGCCGAUUCAGAGUGAUCAAAGUCAGCAGAAGCAAAGGUUUGUUAAAAGAUUUGUGGUUGAUUCCUGAAUUGAUUUUACACUACUUAAGGAGUUAAAUUAGCAUUUUGCUAAUUUACUUUUGUUAGAUCUAUAUCUACUUAAGUCCCUGGAGGGAUUUUAUGGAAAUGGGUGGAGCGCCACCUGUUGUAGCCAAGAAGACUACACAUACACCAAAGGCUAUUAUACACCAGAAAUUUGGUGACAAGGCAUGCUAUAAGGUAGAGGAAGUGCAGGGGGACACUCAAAAUGGAUGCCCAGGAUUGGCCAUACCACAGAAGGGUCCUUGCCUUUUCCGCUGCAGCUUGCAGCUUCCAGAAUUUUCUGUUGUGUCAGAAUGCUUUAAAAGGAAGAAGGAUGCUGAGCAAUCUGCUGCGGAAAAGGCUCUACGAAAGUUAGGUGUUGAUCCUGCAGCCAGUAAUUCCAUUGUGCGGGAACCAUGGGAUGAAUUGAUUUCUCGUCUCUCCUAUUUGUUUGCUGAUGAGUUCCUUUCAUCACUUCAUCCUCUGAGUGGUCACUUCAGAGCAGCUUUGCAGAGAGAUGGUGACCUUUAUGGUUUAAUUCCAGUUUCAGUGUUUGCUGUCUGUGACACAAAGCUUGGUAACAUAUGCAAAUCCAUUAACCCUGGGGUGGAGUCGAAUCCUUUCUUGGUUAUUCCACUUGUUCUGAAGGCUGCUGCAUCUGGGUCUUUUGCUACUUCUGAAGGACAGCUUUGGAUGAGGCGGCAAAACCCAUACCCUCCUGAGAUUAUACAGUCUUCUAUUAGCAGUCAGUUGAGCUCCCCAGAAAGCAUUUGGAUUGAAGCUGUAUACAUUCCUUAUUCACUGGAGAAGAAUGUUGAAUCUUUGACGCUUAAUGUUUCCUCAACUGGGUAUUACCUUGACGCUAUUGCACGAAAGCUUAGUUUAGCUGAUACGUCUAAGAUACUGGUCUCAAGGACUGUAGGAAAAGCUUCUUCUGAGAUGAGACUGUAUUUUUCUGCCCCUGAGUGGUAUCUGGUGGAUCUGUUAUCAGAUCUAAAUGUGGAAGAAGUUACCUCUGAAGAAGGAUCAUUUAAUGCAAGGGCAAGUUACUUCUCUGGUCAUGCUAUAUAUGGCAAUGCAAUUUUGGCAUCGAUUGGAUACACGUGGAGGUCUAUGGACCUCUUUCAUGAAGAUGUAUCCCUGCAGUCAUAUUAUAGGUUGCUUAUUAGUAAGAUACCUAGUGGUGUUUACAAGUUAUCCAGAGAGGCAAUACUCACAGCAGAGUUGCCUAUGGCAUUCACCACACGAACAAAUUGGAAGGGUUCCUUUCCGAGGGAUCUCCUCUGUUCAUUCUGCCGUCAGCAUCGUCUAUCGGAACCUGUCUUCUCUAUGCUAAGUACGCCUUUGAAACAGUCAUCAGAGGUAUCAGGAUCGUGCAAAAGAUUGAAGGUUGCAGAGUCCUCUGCAGAAGAAACAGAAUAUAGAAAUGGAGCUGGUGUUGUUCCUCAUGGCAAUGAAUCAGUGGGAUCGGGAGACACCUUUAUGUGUGAAAUAAAAAUAUAUUCUAAGCUCCAGGAUUUGAUUAUUGAGUAUUCACCAAAAGAUUCUUAUAGAAAGCAUAGUGAUGCACUCCAGAAUUCUUCCUUGAGAGUUCUCUUGUGUUUGAACACCUAUUUUAAGGAACUAGAUAUGCCAUUGGAAAAGCUAGCCUCUGCUGCUGAUAUCCAUAUUUAUCCUGAAAAAUUUGCUAAGACAUUUGCAUCAUGUCCAUCCAUUCAUAAUCUUCGCCAGAGAAAUGAAACUCAGAGAGAGAGAUUACUGGAUUCAAAUUCUAUAAAUCAGCCAUAUAUUAUGCCGGGGCAUGAACUUUAUUCUUUCAAUAUAAAAGGUCCAGAUUCUGGAGCCUCUCCAUCCAAUGGAUCUUUGGCAUGUAUAAAUUAUGUAGCAUUUUUGGUGGCAGAAGGGGAGCAUAUGAAAGAACGUGUUGAAAGUAAUGAUGAGUUUGAGUUUGAGAUAGGGGUUGGGGCAGUGAUUCCCCAUCUUGAAGCAGUCGUGACACAAAUGUCUGUAGGUCAGUCUGCUUGUUUCAACAUGGACUUACCUCCUCAAGAGUUGAUUCUAGCUGCAACUGGUGAUCCUGUGAAAACUAUUUCAUUGCUGUCUUCAAAAGUCUGCUUCUUAGAGUACUCUAUAGUUUUGUUGCGUGUAACCGAACCCUUGGAGGACAGAAUGGAGCAGGCUCUUUUCAGCCCUCCACUUUCAAAGCAACGAGUGGGAUUUGCAUUGCAACACAUCAAAGAAUCUUCUGCUGCUACUUUGAUUGACUUUGGAUGUGGCUCUGGAAGUUUAUUGGAUUCUUUAUUAGAUUUUCCAACUUCGCUGGAAAAAAUUGUUGGUGUUGAUAUUUCAAAGAAGAGUCUUAGCCGUGCAGCAAAGCUACUGCAUUCAAAAUUGAGCAGAAAUUCAGAUGCUGGCGAGCCAAGUGGAGGCAUCAAAUCUGCAGUUCUUUAUGAGGGUUCCAUAACAUUUUUUGAUCCUCGAUUGUAUGGGUUUGAUAUAGGCACUUGCUUAGAGGUUAUCGAGCAUAUGGAAGAAGAUCAAGCAUGUUUGUUUGGAGAUGUAGUGCUGAGUUAUUUUUGUCCAAAGGUUCUUAUUGUUUCCACCCCAAACUACGAGUAUAAUGCAAUACUUCAAAGAUCUAAUCCAUCAAAUCAAGAAGAGGAUCCUGAUGAGACAUCCCAGUCGCAAGCUUGCAGAUUUCGCAACCAUGACCAUAAGUUUGAGUGGACGCGGAAGCAAUUCAAUCAUUGGGCAUCUAACCUAGCCAGAAAACACAAUUACAGCGUUGAAUUCAGCGGAGUUGGGGGAUCCGCUGAUGUGGAACCAGGGUUUGCUUCUCACAUGGCUGUCUUUAGGAGGAGCGUUCCGCUUGGGACCGAUAAUCACCCUAACCCGGUGGAUUUAAUUCGGCAGUACGAGGUUGUAUGGGAGUGGGACAGAUCCAACAGGUAAAGAUGUACUCACUAAAUUAUGCACAAUAGUCUUUCAAUCUAUAUAUCAACUAGAAGUAGGUUAAAUAGAUAGUCUUGUAUUUAAGAAUUUCAGAGUUGUGUUAUAAUAUGAAGUAGAAUACAUAGUAACAUUAAUGAGAUGAAGGCAUUUUGUUGCUGCUAAUUAUAGGCCAAGCCUUGUAGGCAUUUUGUUUAGUGUGGGCCUAUGUUGUCAUAGAAACAUUUUGGUAUUUAGAAACACAUGUUUAGAACCAAUGAUGAUUUAUAAGAUUGUUGAAGACAAUGUUUUUAGAAUCA